UAUAAGCGGAAGCUGUAUUUGCGCCGGGCGGAAGCUGCUACGGCCUUUUCUCUCCCGGACUGCCAUCAUGGUGUUCAAACGCUUCGUUGAGAUCGGCCGCGUCGCCUACAUCUCCUUCGGACCCCAUAACGGCAAGCUGGUCGCCAUCGUUGAUGUCAUCGACCAAAACAGGGCUCUUGUCGAUGGUCCCUGCACAGGCGUGAAAAGGCAAUCCAUGCCCUUUAAGUGCAUGCAGCUCACAGACUACGUCAUCAAAGUACCUCACAGUGCCCGCCAGAAGUUUGUGAGGAGAGCCUGGGAGAAGGCAGAGGUCAACCAGAAGUGGGAACAGAGCAGCUGGGCCAAGAAGAUCGAUGCGAGAAAAAGGAGGGCAGCCAUGUCUGACUUCGACCGCUUCAAGGUGAUGAAGGCCAAGAGAAUGAGGAACAAGAUCAUCAAGCACGAGGUGAAGAAGCUCCAGAAGGAGGCGGCAAAGAAGUGAACAGUGCUCUAAAUAAAUCUCCUGUUCAAUUGUU